GAGCGGCGCAUCAGCUGUGCGGUUGUCUUGGACUGGGGAUCUUCUCUCACCGCCUCCGCUUUUUAUUCCCCCAAAUUCCCUCGGACAACGCUAUUUUAAUUCCCAGCAGCAUACUCAAUUACCAGUGUGUUCAACUACAGACGCGUUCAGAGUGUUUAUCAUCUUUCUGGACUCAUUGGGAGAGGAUUUCCUGGCUUUUUUUUUUAACAAGUGGAGAGACUCGACCAAGUUUCUCCCGGUUUCUGCCUGAGGAAUGAGAGGAUUGCCGGGGAGGAAGAGCCGUAAUUCUCAGGUCUGAGCGAACAAACGGACAGAAACGGAGGGAACUGCUACUGAAAAUGGAGGAAAAGACUCUCCCUGGAGCAACACCUCCCUGCUCUGCCCUAAAAACCAGCUCUCUGAGGCCUGAACCAGAGGGAGAAAGCUGCCCCCUGAAGAUGGACAACACCCAGCGGAUGGAGUCUCCGGUCAAAAAGGACAGCGAUCGAAGACCGAUGACCCCUGUGAAACCCGACAUCUCUCGAUCACCCAGCUCUCCUGCUUCACCGGUGUCCAGGUCAAAAAGAGAUGUUACAAAGUCAGAGGAGAGACAGAAGCUUGCAAAAGAAUGGCGGGAGGAAAAGGCCAGGUAUCUGGAAGAGCUCAGCAAGUUGCAAGCGACCAAAAAGAACCAGUGGUUGGAGAAGGAGGAGAAGGCGCGGCAGCUGAGGGAGCAGCAGCUAGAGGAACGGCGCAGGAAGCUCGAGGAGCAGCGCGUCAAAGCCGAGAAACGGCGCGCCGCCUUGGAAGAGAGGCAGAAACAGAAACUGGAAAAGAAUAAAGAACGCUACGAGGCAGCUAUACACAGAUCAACUAAGAAGACGUGGGCGGAAAUCCGCCAGCAGAGAGGGUCAUGGGUUGGCACGGGAUCCCCAAACUCGAGCCAGAAAGAGAGCAGAUGCUCUGUCUCUGCGGUCAACCUGCCCAAACAUGUGGACUCUGUUAUAAACAAGCGACUCUCCAAGUCCUCGGCUACACUCUGGAACUCCCCCAGCAGAACUCGUAGCCUUGCACUGACUCCAUGGGAGAGCAGUAUAGUCGACCGACUGAUGACGCCCACCCUGUCAUUCCUCGCUCGCAGCCGCAGUGCUGCUAGUGUCCUGAGUAAUGGAAAAGAUGGACACUCUUCUCUGUGCCCUCGUUCGGCUUCAGCCAGCCCCCUCACCCUGUGCGCCCACCAGCCACACCACCGCUGCUCUGACCGCUGGAGGGUGACAUCUAGCACACCAGACAUCACUCAGCGGCAGCACAGACGAAGCUCCACACCUAUGGAUAAAAACAAGAAGGAAAAAAGAGACAAAGAACGGGAGAAUGAGAAGGAGAAAAAGGCCAUCAGUAAAGAGAAGGUGCUGAAGAAGAGGCAAUCCCUACCCAGCAUGAGACACCGACCUGAUCCAAGUCCAAGUCCUUUAUCUAGACAGCGACCAGCGUCCCCAGCCACACCUAAGGGCAGAAAUGCCUCUCCAAGCCCUGCUGCCUCCCCAAAGCCCCCGUCAACCCGUGGCACCCCAGCCACUCCCAAAGCCCGGCCGAAACGAGCCAGCACCCCGGCCAGGAUAGACCACCGGACCGCUUCCCCUGCUCCACUGGAGAGAGUGAAGGAGCCACGCAGGCCCACCACUCCAGAGAGACGGAGGAGUUCUCCUGUGGCUCCUGCCAUCACAGUUUCUUCUGCUGCUUCCACGCCUCAAACUCCAAGGAUGCCCAGUCCCGCUUCCACUCCUUCCCAGCCUGAGCCAGCGGCUUCGACCCAGUCUGCCCGCGCUGUGUCGCCUUCACCUUCUCCGUCAGCCAAGCCCAUGGCUGGCACCAACGACCCUGAAGAGGCGGCCCGCAUCCUGGCAGAAAAACGCCGCCAGGCCCGGGAGCAGAGAGAGAGGGAGGAGCAAGAGCGGCGCGAACAAGAGGAGAAAGAGAGGAUCCUGAGAGAGGAGCGAAUAGCAAGAGAGGCAGAGGAGAGACAGCGCAGGGAAGAGGAGGCGAGAGCCAUGGCCGAGGAGCAGCGGAGGAGGGACGAAGAGAAGCGGCUGCAGGAGGAGAGGGAGGCGGAGGAGAAAGCCAAGGCUGAGCAGGAGGAGAACCUGCGCUUACAGAAACAGAAAGAAGAGACUGAGGCGAGAGCUCGGGAGGAGGCGGAGAAGCAGCGUCUCGAAAGGGAGAAACACUUCCAGAAGGAGGAGCAGGAGAGACUGGAGAGGAAAAAGCGUCUGGAAGAGAUCAUGAAGAGGACACGCAAGACUGAUGGGGGUGAAAAGAAAGAGACCAAGUCCGCUACAGUCGGUUUCUCCAAUGACGUGCAGGGAGAGACCAGCAAAGUAUCUGCUGACAAUCAGGCGAAACUGGAGGAAAGCCUGCCCAAUAACAAGGCAGAGAAUGGACAGAGUAACUUCAAAGAAAGCCUCCCAGUGGUUAAUGGGCUCCAGCCGGUGAGGCACGAAAACGGUCUGUCCUCUAAAGGAGACGCUGGCCACUUCGAAGACUUCAUCCACCUCACAAACCAGGACAACGCGUCCAAUGGAGCCCGGGACAACUCCGAGACCGGCACGUCCGCUGAGCCCAUCCUCGCUUUCGAAAGCGAGGAGUCUUUCAUGAAGAAAGCCGGCCCCAUGAAACCGCAGCAUGUUGCAGAGGUCCUGUGACUUCUCCCUGUUGGAGUGAUCAUGACGCCUAAGAUUGUCCUGAACCCUGCCAACGCUCGCACAGCGAGCCCUGUGACCUGUGCCAAUCAUAAAUCUUCAUCCAGCUCUCAAACGUAAACAUGCCUCUGUGAAGAUGAAGGGUACCACAGAUGAUAACCCAUCAGGGGAACAAAGAUGACACGGGAUGAAGCAUCGCAUGAUGCAUCAGAUCCUCAUGCCACUGAUUUAGGACUUUUCAGCAUUCAGCAUCAUCCUUCCAGCUGACUAAUUAUUUUACAGAAUAAUGUUUUAUUUGUUCUCUAGAUAUUUAACUGAAAGAAGUAUAUAAAGGACUGGCCAUGUCUUUGUGAAUACUGUACAUGAACUUUGUGUCAGAGGAAGGAGGAACCACAGAGGAUUUUAAAGCUCUACAAAAGGGAGUCUCAUUAAAACCCAGCUGUUCUGCAGCCUGGUUUUUAUAAAGCUACAUGUAACAGUUUUGUAACGUUAAAAGGAAAAACAUUUUCAAGCGCAAGCUGAUGAGAAACUGCUUCUCACUGUCUACUAGCUUUCAAUGAUUGUAUGCAAACCCUGGAUGUACUAAUGAAGUAUCCAUCUCUGUUGCUGUAAAACAGUUGUUUUCCUACAGAAGGAGUUUCUCCUGCUGUAGUUUUGUGUCCUCCCACACUUGUUCAAGCAUGACAGUUUUCUCUCAUUUGCAUUGAGAUUCACUGAACUUGUAGGUGUUUUUGAAAUCUGUAAACGCUCUGAUUUUGCCGUGUUGUAAGGUCAGUGGGAGUAUCCGAAGUCUUAAUAAAGACAGACAGUCUA